AUGGAUGAGGAAGCCUAUCACAGAGCCCGAGUGUGCUCCGGCUCCAACCCCGGGAAAUGCCAGGAGAUGGGAGAUGCAAUACUUCUGUUUCUGGGCACCAUCAUCCUGCUCAACGUGGGGUUCAACGCAGUGACUAUGCUCUGGGCGCAGCUGAAGAGCUUGAGAAAUCAUUUCAACUAUUUUCUCCCCAAAGACACGAGGCACAGCUGUACGGGCAGCCAUCCCCGGUGCACGCGCUGCUCCACGGACCCCAAGACCCAGAGCCCGAGAGCCUCUUCUCGCUUUGGUCGCCGCCGAAACUUCCGGCCCAGGCACUCUAACCACCAGGACUCCUGGGUCCCAGACCGGAAGGCGGAGAAGGCUUCUAGGGGCGGCAGGAUGCCACCUCCAUGUGGGCACACCGGGGCUCCCACGGAAGCUCCAUGGGGACCAAGGAAGGAGGAGAUGAUGGGAGCUGGGAAGGCCUCUCGGGUCAGGGCCUUAAAGGGCCAAGCCUCCUUUUACACCAGGCCAGAGACCCCGUCCCAGAUCCAAGCCCCCAUCCACAGUUUGAAGGGCCAGGACCCAAACACAAGCAAGGUGGACAUGGUUCCACUGUCCUUGCCCCAAGAGACCCCAGAGUACGCCCCAGCCCAGUACCCAGGCCAGGUUCCUGUGCGCCCUUCAGCCCAGCCCCGGACCCACUCCCCGGCCCAUGCUCCUCUCACCCACACCCAUGCGCACACUCUGGCCACUGCCCCAAUCUUUGCCCCAACUCCUCCCCCCACUCCUGCCUCAGCCACUCCUCCUAUCCCAGGCCCCACCCCAGCCCCUGCCUCCACCCCUGCCCCAGCAUGUGUCAAGGGCCUGAAAAUCCCUCCAGUCACUGCCCCCACCCACACCCACAUCCUAACCCCUAGUCCCUCUACUCUGGCUGCCUUCAAACAUGGUGUUUCAACCACACAAGUGGUGUACGAUAACCGCAGGAUAAACCAGAACUACGUCCAUGUGUGCAGGCCUCAGAACUCUGGGUAUUCCAAGAAGGACCUGUGUACCUGCUCCAGACCCCAGGAGAGACAGGGCUCUGGUACAUUUGGGCAAACAUUAAAGCUACACAUUGGGGAUGGAACCAACUCCCUCACAGGCUCUGGACUGGGCUACCCUGGGCUGAGGAAUCUGGAACAGAAGAUCUCAGGUGACGGCCAAGACAAGCUCUCCCAGCCAAAGACCUUGCCUUACAGUUCUGAGAGGAGGGACAUGGACUCCCAGGCUCCAGUGUACCCCAAGUUCCUGGUCUACUCCCAGGAGGCUGCAUCUGCUAAACCUUGCCUUCAUUUUCCAACAAGUGCCCAGAGUUCACCGCCCACUGUUCCCCCACCAUAUACUCUUUCCCUGCCUCUCAUUCCUCCCAGAUCUUUUGUCCUUUCUCAAUCCACCAGCCCUCAGAAAUCUUCCACCACAUUUCAAACCCCCACCUGCCUUCCAGCUUGCAAGUCUCCUCAGCCCAUCCCUCCCCAGUACUCCACCGUUUCUAAACCUCUCAUUCAAUCACAAUUCCCCAACAUUCAAAAAAGUCUAGGCCUUACCCAAGACCUUGGUCUCCAAAGGAGCCCAUGUCCUUCAAAAGACUCUAGCAUUCACGAGAAUCCAGGCCCUAAACAAAAUCCAGGCCUGCAAAAGAACCCCGGCCAUAGCCAAGCAUCUUAUCUCUACAAGAGCCAAAAUGCUCCCCAAGAUGCUGGUCUUUACAAGACUCCAGGCCUCUCCCAACAGUCUGCCCCCCAAAAGAGCCCAGGCCUUGCUCAAGAUGCUGGUAUGCUAAAGGGCCCAAGUUUCACCCAACCCUCUGGCCUCCAGAAGAACAUGCCAUUCACCCAAACUUCUAAUUUUCAGAGGUGCUUGGGCAUUAUACAAGACUCUGGAGUCUGUAGGAAUCUGGACCUUAUCCAAGAGACUGCAGUCUACCAUAGCCAAAACCACCUCCAAGCAAAUGGCCCCCAUAAGAGCCCAGGCCCUGCUCAAGAUUUUGGAGGCUGUAAGACUACAGGUGUUGUCCGAGACCCAGGAGUCUUCAGAAGCCUGGGCCUUACCCAACAUUCUGGCCUACAGAAGAGUCCAGCCCUUUCCCAAGACUCUGGAAUCAAUAGGAGCCCAGGCUUUGCCCAAACCUCUGAGCUCUGUAAGGGCCCAGGACUUAUCCAAGACUUAUCUAAGACUCAAGUUAACAGGAACUUGGAACAUACCCAAGACCGGAAUCUCCACAAGGGCCCAGGAAUUAAUCCAGAUCCAGGCCCACAUAAGGGCCCAGCCCUUACCCUAGACUCGGGUCUCUCCAAGAUUCCAGGCCUUAACCAGGAAUCUGGCCUCCACAAGGACUCAAGCCUUGUCCAAGAUCCUGGCCUCCACAAAUGCCCAGGGCUUGUUCGAGGUACUGGCUCUGCCCAAGGCCCUCUUCAGACCCCAAAGUCAACACCGUCCCUAACGAAGUCAUCUAUAUCCAAGGACCACCCUCAGAAAGAGGAUGGAGAGAAGCACAUACCUUGGACUUCUGUCCCACUCAGCCAGAAUUCCUGCCCUUCCAAGGCCCCGGGGAUGUGCAGUGACCUGCAAACCUUCUCAGAGGUUCCUGUACUAAUUGAGCUAAAGCCACCCUCCCGGAAGGCAGCCAGCGAAGACUGGGUGUACCACCCUGUAUCUACAGUUCCUUCAGCCUGCCAGACCUAUCGCCAGAUGUCUGUGCCUCCCAAAAUCAAGUCACAGCUCCACUUUCUAGGACCAGGUGCCCGGGCUGGGCACGUGGUCUUUGACGCCCGCCAGAGACAGUUAGGAGUGGGCAGGGACAAGUGUGAAGCUCUCUCCCCCAGGCGCCUUCGCCAAGAGACACCCAACAACUCAGGGCGGAGCAGCAAGGAGCAAUGA